GGUUUUUUAAACUUUCUUUAACACAUUUUCAUAUAAAACUUUUAAAAGGCUCAACAGAGAUCCAGAAUGACUUCUGAUAAUAGAUGGAGCAAUUACAAAACAGAAUACAAUCCUGACUCAAGUGACAUCUACACAGACUUUAAAGCAAUAAGCCCUGAGAAUUCCUCAACCUCUAUGCCUCUACCCUCUACUCCCAGACAUGAGAGGUACAUUGACAAUGACUAUUCUGAGAAAACCAGAGAACCUGAACGAAGGGUUUCAAGCUGUGCUCUGGCUAUACGAGGCAUAGUAGGGGUCAUUCUUACAUUUGGGGGAGGAUUUUUAGGAGGAUAUGUUAUAGGGAUGAGCGCCCAUUCAACUUGUUUAACAACCACAACCUCUACAAAUACAACGACUAUUUUAAACAAUACAACAACCCCUGCAACAACCACAUCAGCCUCUGUAACAAUCACAUCAGCCUCUGUAACAAUCACAUCAGCCUCUGUAACAAUCACAACUCCUAUGACAACAACAAUGCAAACAGUUUUAACUGGUGGACUAGAAGCAAGAAUAGGUUCUGGAGCAGUUGGUCUGCAUGGGGACAAUGCAGCGUGACUUGUGGAGAGGGGGUACAGAGAAGAACACGUGUUUGCCAGAAAUCUUCCCCAACUGAUGUUGACUGUGAUGGUCCAGAGGAGGUCACUAGAG